AUGGGGGGUUACGAAGGGCAGAACAAGCGCGCGCUCAUCUGGGCUGCUCUGUACUUCUUGGCAUGGAUUCUGCAAAGAUUGUGGUGCCACCUGGGCCUGCCCGAUCACUGCGACCUCGCGAUGCGGCCAUUGGACGUGCUGACGGAUUUGGUGGUGCUCUUCACCUUCUCCCUCGCACAGGCAUACUGGUGUGAGAUCUUGCUGGACGACCGUUUCGAGGAGCUCAAGAAGGCUCCUUGGAUUUUCGGCGUCAUUCUCAUCACGCCAAUCAUCAUCUCGGCCCUUGGGCGUAUCGGUGGGCUCGAGCGGUGGGACAAGGACAACGAGGGCAAAGACUUCGAGUUCUCCGCCCUCCGAUCGACCAUCUUCGUCUUCGGCCUUAUCGCCGCCGUGCUCCUUGUUGCGUGGCACUUCGCACGGGCGUGGCUGACUCUUCCCGGCAUGCAGCUUCUGUCGGGAGGCGUUAAGGUCGAGCCGCCUAAGGAAGACCUCCACGGCAUCUACUCCUCCAGCCGCAUCGUCAUCAUCGCGUGGUGCAUCCUCUUCACUUCGUUCAUCAUCUCCGAGGACGACGGCUUCGAUUACAGAGGCGCGCUACUCGCAUGGAUGCUGUCCCUGAUUGCGGUAUUCCCGCACCCCGUGAGCUACAUCUGGCUCGGUGUCAACACGGGCAUCUUCUUGCAAGGGAUCGGUGCCAACCGUCUCCGGUUCCUGGGGUGCAAGGAGUGGUGAAAGCGUGAUAAUUGUCUUACGACUGUUGUUCUUUUUUGUGCGGGGGAGAUCAAGAAGGUGCAUCGCGGAGCGGACUUAUUCGCCCGCGAUGUCCUCUGAGGCUUCGCGACAGCAGUGUCGUAUUGUGAAGUUGUCUGGGUGGUUGGAGUGAGCGAGUUCCACCCAGGGUCAUGAUGAUGGUGUGGGGAGGGUUAUUCUUAGCUGGCUACACUUUCCGUUCGCCAGAGAGUUUCUGGCCGAGGGAUCAUGGGGCCCAUGCCAGGUUGGCGUUCCACCGAUACCCACUCACACGACGAAUUGUGUGAACUGGCAGUUUCGUGGUGGGUCGGUAGGGUUUCUGCAUUUUGUUUGGGCACUACAUACAUUGCUGGACUUUUUCCAACUGGUUCGUGGCCCUCAUUUUCUUUGGUUUCGGUUCUUUGUUUGGGUGCCCACUCCGAAUUUUCACCGAUAUGGUCGGGCUGAUUUCUCGAUGAUUUUCGUAUUUUGGUUUUUAUUUUUUUGUCUGUAUUCCGACUUGACGGUAAGAGGGCAGGCAGCGUGCGCUUCGUUGGAUUUGGGUUGAAGAGGGAGGCGGGGCUUCUGCGUUGUUUGUUCGUGGGGAAGCACCAAGCAUCCACGAACGAAUCAUAGCGUAGGGGCGUUCUUGGCGGGUUUCUAGUACCACAUUAUCGUGAGUUGGAGUCGAUGGUCCACUCCUCCUCACGAUGAGAAAUGCCUCCCAAAGAAUGACAAAUAUCUCACGCGUUUAGCCACAAUCAAUCCGAAUUUCAGACCGCCUGGAGUAUCUCGGAGUUUCUACGUUUAUUUUGGCGGGGUGGAUUUCGCAAAGAGGAUCUGAGAGUACAGCAGUACCACCGUUGGUUGCGGGGACUUGGGGGUGGGGUGAAUGGAGUGAAAGUGUUUUGUUUCUGGGAACAACAAUUAUAAUAGUGUUGUGGUGUGUCCCUCCCAGAAUGAAAGGAAGUUGAAGCGUGGUAAGAUGUUUGACUCCUUGUUGCUUGUAUUUAUAAUUUCGUUCCGGGGAGGGCCAGACAGGUUCUUUCUCUGCUCGAUCAAGCUUUUGCCAUUUGCAGACGCGCACACGAUGACCGACCAGCUAGCUGUAGAUGGUACGGCCUCUUUCGACAUCUUUCUCCGUUGUGGUCAGCGUAGUCGGGCGUGUGGUACCAUAGAACAACGGUUACGCUAGUACGUACGCGGUGGCCACGCAGCAUGGCACGGUGCGAUGUGAGGGUGAGGAUGAUCCGGCUCUCCCAAUGCGAGCCAUCCUCUUGGAAGGGAUGGCCAUUUUAUAGUACGUGCGCGAAUUUUACUUGCAUCGUUGCGUUCCCUGCCGGUGUCGCCUUCUUUCGUUCUGUUUUUCCGCUCUUUUUUGCGAGAGGGAAAUUCUUUCUUAUCUGAAGGAGGUUGUAGGGGUCUCAUCAUGGAUGGUCGGCGUUGCGGCUUGCGUGUUUGUCCAAACGCUGUGAUGAUUUGUCGGCGUGUCUUGGUAUUUCUUGGUCCACUCUUCCGCAUGUCCUGUAAUUGUGGGCAUUUAUUUUGUUUAUCGUUUUUCAGUCCUCCCGCUUUUCAACUACUACUACUACAAUACCAUGCUCUACCGAAAUGACGACCCUCUAUGAUGGUGUUGUCGUGGUUUCGGGCCUGCUUGGUGUUGUUGUUGAACUGCGCGCAUUCUUGUAUACUGGGGCUUUUGUUUUACGUAUUUCGAAUUAUUAUUGUUGUCUUGCUUUGUUUGAAGGUCUUCUUUCUAGCGCCCGGAAUGACGAUGGGCGGGUGCCGCGGUGGAGGAC